CAUGUAAGAGGGAAAAACGAGAAAAAAAGGUCUGAGGCUUUUGCGCGUAUAUAUAUGUAUACAUAUAUAAAGGGUAGAAGAGCGAGCGUUUUCAAAGGAGAAGUCUGGCGAAAGAGAGGCUAUUGAAGGGAUGGAUAGUCUGAUAAGAAACAGAGGCAUGCUUCGGGUUUCAGUGUGUGGUCAAGAAGAGAUAGAGCAUCUCUCAAGAGAGAGUAGCCAUUACAGUCUUUCCACUGGUAUACUUCCUUCACUUGGAGCCAGAAGUAACCGUAGAGUCAAGCUCAGGGGAUUCAUUGUUUCUCCUUAUGAUCGUCGUUACAGGGUGUGGGAGACUUUUCUGGUUAUUCUGGUCGUCUAUACUGCUUGGGUUUCACCAUUUGAAUUUGGAUUCCUUAAAAAACCGGAGUCACCACUAUCCAUUACUGAUAAUGUUGUUAAUGGAUUCUUUGCCCUGGACAUUGUUCUCACCUUCUUUGUUGCAUACCUUGAUAGAACUACCUACCUACUCAUUGAUGAUCGAAAGAAGAUUGCUUGGAAGUAUGGCAGUUCCUGGUUGGCUUUUGACAUUAUAUCCACCAUACCAUCCGAACUUGCUCAGAAGAUCUCCCCUAAGCCGUUGCGCUCAUAUGGCUUAUUCAAUAUGCUUCGCCUUUGGCGUCUCCGCAGAGUUAGUGCCUUGUUUUCCAGAAUGGAGAAAGACAAGAACUACAACUACUUUUGGGUUCGAUGUGCAAAACUUAUUUGUGUCACAGUUUUUGCUGUUCAUUGUGCUGGAUGCUUCUAUUAUCUAAUUGCUGCACGAUAUCAUGAUCCUGGAAGAACAUGGAUUGGAUCAUCUCUUGGAGACAAUUUCCUUGAACAGAGCUUGUCAAUUCGAUAUGUGACAUCCAUGUACUGGUCUAUCACUACUCUGACUACUGUUGGCUAUGGGGAUUUGCAUCCUGUGAAUACUAGGGAGAUGAUAUUUGAUAUUUUUUACAUGCUCUUCAACCUCGGAUUGACUGCAUAUUUGAUUGGUAACAUGACAAACUUGGUUGUCCAUGGAACCAGCAGAACUAGAAGAUUUAGGGAUACAAUUCAAGCUGCUUCAAGUUUUGCUCAAAGAAACCAAUUGCCUCCUAGCCUACAAGAUCAGAUGCUUGCACAUUUAUGUCUAAAGUUCAGGACUGAUUCAGAGGGGCUGCAGCAGCAAGAGACUCUUGAUUCCCUUCCUAAAGCCAUCCGAUCAAGCAUUUCACAUUAUCUUUUCUACGUUCUUGUGGAUAAGGUGUACUUGUUUCGUGGGGUUUCUAAUGACUUGCUUUUUCAGCUGGUCUCAGAGAUGAAAGCUGAAUAUUUUCCUCCAAAAGAAGAUGUCAUCCUGCAGAAUGAAGCACCUACGGAUUUCUACAUCCUUGUUACUGGUGCUGUGGAUCUAUUGGUUCGCAAAAAUGGAGUUGAACAGGUAAAUUGUAUCACUCAAACACUGGGCUUAUCAAUCAAUAAUGAUGAAUGGAUGCUAACUGAAUUAAAUGCCACCUGGUUUCAGGUUGUUGGAGAGGCAAAAAGAGGUGAUCUCUGUGGAGAGAUAGGAGUACUCUGUUAUAGGCCGCAGCUUUUUACAGUACGCACAAAACGAUUGUGCCAGUUACUACGGCUAAACCGUACAACAUUCCUUAAUAUUAUUCAGGCCAAUGUUGGAGAUGGGACUAUAAUCAUGAAUAAUCUCCUUCAGCAUUUAAAAGACAUGAAUGACCCAACUAUGGAAAUAGUUUUAACUGAGAUAGAGAACAUGCUGGCUCGUGGGAGAAUGGACCUACCUCUCAAUCUUUGCUUUGCCACACUCAGGGGAGAUGACUUGUUGUUGCAUCAGCUACUGAAAAGGGGGCUGGAUCCUAAUGAGUCUGACAACAAUGGAAGAACAGCUCUGCAUAUAGCUGCAUCGAAUGGAAGUGAGAACUGCGUUCUUCUCUUAUUGGAUUUCGGUGCAGAUCCUAACUGUAAAGACUCAGAAGGAAGUGUACCACUAUGGGAGGCAAUGUUAGCUGGCCAUAAUAACGUGGCUAAACUGCUAAAGGAAAACGGGGCAAACAUCAAUGCUGGAGAUGUAGGUCACUUUGCGUGCACUGCUGCUGAGCAGAACGACUUAAACUUGCUCAAGGAAAUUGUUCGUCAUGAGGGCGAUGUCACACGUCCUAGGCACAAUGGAGACACAGCUCUUCACGUUGCAGUUUGUGAAGGUAACACUGAAAUAGUCAAAUUCCUUUUGAAGCAAGGUGCUGACAUUGACAAACCUAAUGUCCAAAGCUGGACCCCAAGGGAUCUAGCUGAGCAACAAGGACAUGAAGAAAUAAAGACGAUAUUCGAAUCAAGUAAAGAGAUGAAAACUCAAUCAAUUAUGUCUAUUCCCGAGAAGCAGGAGACACGCUACCUUGGGAGGUUCACAAGUGAACCAGUAAUCCGUCCUGCAGCCCGGGAUGGCACAGAUGGAUCCUGGAGCCAAUCCCGUCCAAGGCGUAGGACUAGUAACUUCCAUAAUUCUUUAUUUGGUAUAAUGUCAGCUGCACACAAUGUGGAGAAACAAAAACUACUGUCAGUUCAUCAGCCCAAGGGCGUCAAGGAUUCUGUUGUUAACUCUCCAGCUAGAGUGGUAAUUAGUUGUCCAGAAAAGGGAGAAACCACCGGGAAGCUUGUUCUACUUCCAGGUAGCUUUCAGAUGUUACUUGACAUUGGUGCUAAGAAGUUUGGGAUCUUUGCUGCUAAGGUGGUGAGCAAAGAAGGAGCUGAAAUUGAUGAUAUCGAGGUGAUUAGAGAUGGUGAACAUAUUGUUUUUGUUAGUCAUGGUCAAAUGCAACAAGAAACUAAAAGCCAAAACCCCUAUUGCAAUGGGUUCUCUUAGAGCAUGCAUAGGUGCACUUUGCUAACUUUUUUUUCUUUAAAAUUAAAGUGCCACAAUCCAGUAUAAGAUUCUGAGAUGGAGGUGGAUCACUACUUUUUACCUUUUUUUUUUUUUACAAUAUCAAAUCCACCAAAAAAAAAAAAAGCUGCGCUUAUCCUGGCCACGUGCAUUAAAUAAUCUUGAUAAAUUGUAAAGGUGUAAUAUUAAUUAACUUGUUACUUUUUUUUUUUAAUUUGUUUUUUCAUUUUUCAUUAGGUUUUUUUUAAUUUAUUUAUUAUUAAUUAGUC